AUGCAUUCGGAAGGGAGUCUGCCAAUUGGACGAGGGUUUUCUGCGGCGCACGCAAGAGGGUUUUUGGUUUUGGUUUUGCAAUUUUUCAGUUUGGGUUGUGGACGACCUCCCAUAUUCCUCGAGCCGCCAGGAACAAAUUUUCAUUUUCACGUCUUGUUGUCAAAUCACGCUCAGCUGCCCCACAGUAGUCUCUCAUUUCCAGCUGUUAUUUAUUGUGUUUGCCAUUUCCCUAGUCGUCUCGGAAUCCCAGACAAAUUGCAUGGGACCGCUCGAGUAAACGUGUUUCUUUCCAAAACCCCAGGGCUGUGUUUACCAAUGAGUGAACCUGAACGCCAUGCAUUCGCAUACCAGCUGCUGGAUGUCGAAAAGGCUACCAAGGCGCUUUCUAGAUCGCAACAACAGAGCUACCAGUAUAAGAACAUGAGAUGGAGAAAUAACUUCCAAUAUCAACAGCCUCAGCCAUACCAACCUCAGCACACUCAGCAGACCCAGCAACAACACCAACAACAGCUGCAGGGUCUGCAGUCUCAGCAGCCUCCGCUAUCCCAGCCCGUUUUGCACCAGCAUUUGUCUCAGCCGCAAAUUCACACGUUGGCUCAGCAUGCGCCACAGACAUACUAUUCAGAUUCAUAUCUCACCAGGCAGAGGUCCUACCAGCACGAGCAGCCGGAUACGCCCAAGUCGAUGGCCUCGGUGCCAGACUCCAAAAUCAACGACCUCAAGCUGUUUGAUCCUUUUGAGAAUUCGUCAAUGAGAGCAUUGACUCCCACUUCAACUUCGGGGUCACUGCUGAGCUCACUGGACCAGACCAAUUCACCAGCAUUUGCACCUACAGUACCCCAGGGUCAGACGCAGUUGCCCCAACAGCCCCAGAAGACUCAAAUUCAGUUGCAGAACCAACCCAAUCUUCUGAGAAGCGUGAGUUUGAGCUCGCAGUAUCAAUCAGGAUCACAGCAAUAUUUGAAUAACCAGCUGCCCGGCCAAAUGUCUACUUCACAGUUCAACGCUAUGGGAACGACCAAAAGUGGCUCGGGCAUACAAACGAACUCGGAGAUGUCCAGUCGUCUCUGGGGACUCAGCAGUGGGCUGAACUCUCAAUUUGGAAAUAGCAGCCUUCUCUCCACCUCCAGCUCACAGGAGCUGAACUUCGGGUCAUCCUUGUUGUCCGGUGGAAAAUCCGUUUCCAACUGGUCCAACGUGUGGUGA